UUCUUGAGCAAAAGCACAACACAUCUUUCUCACAUUUAACAACUUCUAACUAAUCAACCUCAAAGCAAUUGUUUGUUACACUACCAUGGCUGCCAAUAAUCACUUAUAUCAUAUUUCAUUGGCAUUGCUUCUAUGUUUAGGAUUGUUUGCUAUUCAAGUCACUUCUCGCACUCUCCAAGAUGACAUGUAUGAGAGGCACCGGCAAUGGAUGAGUCAAUAUGGUAAAGUUUAUAAGGAUUCUCAAGAAAGGGAGAAACGUUUCAAGAUAUUCACUGAAAAUGUGAAUUACAUUGAAGCUUUCAACAAAGGUGACAAUAACAAGCUAUACACACUAGGCGUUAAUCAAUUUGCCGACCUCACCAACGACGAGUUCACAUCGUCUAGAAACAAGUUCAAGGGGCAUAUGUGCUCUUCAAUCACAAGGACAAGUACUUUUAAGUAUGAAAAUGCAAGUGCAAUUCCAUCCUCGGUGGAUUGGAGGAAGAAAGGAGCAGUUACACCUGUGAAGAACCAAGGACAAUGUGGAUGUUGUUGGGCGUUUUCUGCUGUUGCAGCAACCGAAGGAAUUCAUAAGUUGAGUACUGGAAAGUUGAUCUCUUUAUCAGAACAAGAACUCGUUGACUGUGACACGAAAGGUGUGGACCAAGGUUGUGAGGGUGGUCUUAUGGACGAUGCUUUCAAAUUCAUCAUUCAAAAUCAUGGACUAAAUACCGAAGCCAACUACCCUUAUCAAGGUGUUGACGGGACAUGCAACGCAAACAAAGGAUCCAUCAAUGCAGUUACCAUUACUGGGUAUGAAGAUGUCCCGACCAACAAUGAGCAGGCACUACAAAAAGCAGUGGCUAAUCAACCGAUUUCCGUAGCCAUUGAUGCUAGUGGUUCCGACUUUCAAUUCUACAAAAGUGGCGUCUUUACUGGUUCAUGCGGAACUGAGUUGGAUCAUGGUGUUACCGCCGUGGGUUAUGGUGUUAGUAAUGAUGGAACUAAGUAUUGGUUGGUUAAAAACUCUUGGGGAACCGAAUGGGGUGAAGAAGGAUACAUUAUGAUGCAAAGAGGUGUUGAUGCUGCUGAAGGACUUUGUGGCAUUGCAAUGCAAGCAUCAUACCCUACUGCUUAAAUGUCAAAAUUAAUACUUAUGUUAUCUAAACUUUGUAAUUCAAACUAAAUUGUGAUGGUUUGUGCAUUUAUUAGCUACAUUCAUCAUGGUUUCUAAGACCAGUUGUGUAUUAUUCUAUACAUCUACUGGAUAUACUUGUGCAUUUAUCAAUACAAUGAAGAUAUUAAAGUAAAUAUUAUCGUUUAA